AUGCGCGCACUUACCAUAAGCUUUCUCUUGGGUGCCCUCAGUCACGGAACUGUCGCCAAAGACGAUUGUAUCAACAACGACAUUCCUUUCCAGGCAUGCGCUCCCAUGGGUGCAUACUAUCCUCCACCCACUAUCGAUAAAUCCUCCGAGUCUUUCAAGAAGCUUGCCUCUCAGUUCACUCAAACCUUUGACGGCCUCAUCAAGAACGGUGGCAGUGAUACAUAUGGUCCAAUAACGCCUAACACUACGUCCUUCUCCGUAGUCAUCUUCGGUGGUGCGGAAUCCCUUCGAGAUGAUCCUGUCUUCUUCGAGUAUCACUAUACUUCACCUGAGGAUCAAGCGUCGAACUCAAACCUUACUUCGGAUACCAAAUUUCCAGUUGGUGAUGUGAGCAUGGUUUUCACUGUUUAUGCUUGGCUUGUGAAGAUGGGCGAGCAAUGGGAGACGCCUAUCACUAAGUAUCUGCCUGAACUGGUUGAAGUCAACGGCUCGCUUACGGUAAAUUGGGAGGAAGUCACUAUUGGUGCUUUGGCUGGCCAAAUGUCUGGCCUCAGUCGAGAGUCCGGAAUAUGUGUUGUUGGCAAGUCUUGUGACUGGAAGGCUUUUCAUAAGGCAUUUGCGAAGAAGCCGCCAUACUUCCUCCCGGAUACAACUCCAGUUGUCUCUUACGCCGCUUUCCAGCUCUUGGUCUUUGCCAUGCAACGAAGUGAUGGCGGUGAUUGGCCCUCAAUUCUCGACAAGACCAUUCUGCAGUCUCUCAACAUGAGCGACAGUGGAGUUUUGAGCCAUGGUGUCGAAAAUAUCUUCGCCAUGGAGAGUCUCAACACUUCAGCUAUUGGUGAACCAGGUGCCCUAUCAUUUGUUAGCUCCGCCAAAGAUCUCGCACGCGCUGGACACUCUAUUCUUGCUUCAGACCUUCUUUCGCCUGCUGUCACCCGUCGGUGGCUUCACCCCAAUGUCGACACUUCCAAUCUUCGCAACGGCGUAGGUCGACCCUGGGAAGUUUAUCGUGCGGGUAACGCCAUCUCACCCAUCCUAGAUGCCUUGACUAAGAGCGGAACUAUUGGCAAAUAUGCGAGCUACUUUGGGCUCACCACCGACUUCAACGCUGGCUUCGCUAUUCUAGCCCAUGACAACAGUGUCGAGGACCGAAAGCUUGAUCUCAACGUGCACGCUGAUAUCGUUAGUGAAGUUCUCGGGUAUCUGCAAGUCAUUGCCGCCAAAGAACUUGAGGCGCGCUAUGCUGGAUCAUACUCAGGCAAGGCUACUGAGGCUGCUUUUAACACCACUGAUAAAGGUCGGGGUCUUGAAGUUCAGAAGCUUGUGAUUGGUGGGGUGAACAUCAAGAAACAGAUCGCCCAGAAACUCGGCAUUAAGGCCGAUGAUCUCGACUUCAGAAUCUACCCGACCAAUGUUCAAGACGAAAGCCGACACCAGUUCAUUGCCGUAUUCCAGGACAAGAGCGCUCCUAUUGACAUGGGCACCCCGACAUGUAUUACUUGGCAGGAAAUUGGUGCUGAUGCAGAGAUCAGCUUUGUUUUCACGUUGGGUCGGAAUGGCGAGGUUACUGGAAUUGAGGUUCCCCAACUCCACGCCAAAAUGGAGAGGGCCAUAUAA